AUGUUCUGGCGUAUGGCUGGCCUCUCCACUGCAUCACCAGUGGAAGCCAUUUUGGAUAAAGAAAAUUUCACUCUGGAGGAGCUGUUGGAUGAGGAUGAAAUAAUUCAAGAAUGCAAAGCUCUUAAUGGCCGUCUUAUAAAUUUUUUGCGUGAAAGAGCCAAUGUUAAGCAACUGAUUCAGUACAUAGUAGAAGAGGCCCCGGGGGAUGCUGACAGGCAACGUACAUUCAAGUUUCCUUUCAUUGCUUGUGAGAUUUUUACUUGUGAAGUUGAUAUUAUACUCAAAGCUCUGGUAGAAGAUGAUGAGUUGAUGGAUCUUCUGUUCUCCUUUUUGGUGUCUGAGCGUCCCCAUAGUACUCAACUGGCUGGUUAUUUCAGUAAGGUUGUCGUUUGCCUCUUGCUGCGGAAAACAACUCCUCUGAUGAAUUACAUACAAGUUCAUCGGGAAAUUAUUAAAAGGCUUGUUGACUUAAUUGGAAUUACAUCUAUAAUGGAGGUUUUGAUUCGUCUAAUUGGUGCUGACGAACAUAUUUACACGAACUGUCCGGACUCUAUGCAGUGGCUGGAAGAUAUGAAUGUUCUAGAGAUGAUUGUAGACAAAUUCAGUUCAUCUGACUGUCCUGAAGUACAUGCUAAUGCUGCAGAAACGUUAUGUGCGAUAACAAGAUAUGCUCCACCUGGGAUAGCUUCAAAAAUCUCUGGCCCAAGUUUUAUAGAGAGAUUGUUUCGCCAUGUUCUGGAGGGUUCGAGGCCAAAGUCAGUUUUGGUGAACUUGUUAUCAGUCUGCAUAUCCUUGUUAGACCCCAAGAGAUUAACCUCAGGGACAUAUUACUUGUAUGCCCGCCAAAUGACACAUGAAUCAGGUAUUUCGGCUAAUCCUGAGACUGUUCAAGCCAUGCUGGAGAGUCUAGGUGAUUUGCUCAAGCUUUUGGAUAUUUCAUCUGAGGAUCAUGUCUUGCUUACUACAUACGGAAAAUUGCAGCCUCCUUUAGGAAAGCAUCGAUUGAAGAUUAUAGAGUUCAUCUCAGUCUUGGUGGCUGUUAGUAGCGAAGUUGCAGAAAAGGAAUUGAUUCGCCUGGGUGCUGUGAAGCGUAUUCUUGAAUUGUUUUUUGAGUAUCCAUUCAAUAAUUUCCUGCAUGAACAUGUGGAGCGUAUUGUUACAUCUUGCCUGGAUAGCAAGAAUCCUAAGUUUGUUGACCAUCUUGUGCAUGACUGUAAUCUUAUCGGGAGAAUUCUUGAAGCAGAGAGAAACUUCACUUUGACAGUUGAUACAAGCAAGCCUACUAUAGCUGCUGAGGGAAGAUCGCCACCCAGGAUAGGGAAUAUUGGUCACUUAACCCGUAUUGCUAAUAAACUUAAUCAAUUAGGGAAUAGCAACAGUGAGAUUCAGUCAUUUUUACAGGAGAAUAGUGAUUGGGGUGAAUGGCAGACCAAUGUGUUGCUUAAGAGAAAUACUGUGGAAAAUGUCUUCCAAUGGGCAUGCGGGAGGCCCACGGCUCUACUGGAUCGGACACGAGAUAGCGAUGAAGAUGACUACCAGGACAGAGAUUAUGAUGUUGCAGCAUUGGCAAAUAACUUGAGCCAGGCUUUCCGAUAUGGAAUUUACAGUAAUGAUGAUAUCGAGGAGGUUCGUUCUUUUGCGAUUUCUUUAUUAGGUUCUACCAUCUCAUUUGUUGCGUUACAGGAAGAUUGGGCCCAUGGUUCCCUUGAGCGUGGUGAUGAGGACGUUUACUUUGAUGAUGAAUCUGCUGAAGUCGUUAUUUCUUCCCUUCGCCUGGGCGAUGAACCGGAAAGCGGCUCUCUUUUUACGAACUCCGAUUGGUUCGCAUUCGAGGAUGAGAAACCCGCCGAGUCCGAUCCAAAUGCUUCCUUGUCCCCUGAAUCUGGUGUGGCCCACGAGGGUGCCAAAGAAGAAGCAGAUAGAGAUGUGGUGGCUGUUAGGGAAGACGAGGAUUUAGCAGACACAGCAGCCACGUCCGAGAAUCCCGAAGAGAAACCCGACUCAAGCGGGCCCGCAAUUUCUGACAAGCCACCUGAGUGGGUCGAGUGGAGGGAAAGCUCACAUUCGAUCGAGUUCCCUCUUACCUCGGAUUCUACUACUACUAACACGGCUGGUGCAGUUCAGGAGGUUGUACCUUUGUCCAAUGGGGAGGUACAAGUGGAGUUAGGUGAACCCGAGCCUGUUGGUCCACCUAAACCGGCUGCAUCGAGUAGUGUUGAGAUUAUUGAUAGUGGAGGGCCACCUGUUUCGAAAGAGAUCCGCUCGAAUGCAAGUGAAAAAGAUAAGGCAUUGGAAAACUGAUUUUAAUCGGAGGAGUGUAAAUUCUUACAGGUAGGUGAAAAAUGUAGAACUUUUAUUUUGAUGCAGCUGCAGGAUUAUCGAGCCCAGGAAGAUGGUGCUGGUAACAAUGUACAACCAUGUUGAUCGUCUAUUUUUAUUUUUUUAAUUUUUUCUUUUUGUUGGUUGUACAGUGAGCUAAGCUGAUAUUUCUAUACCCGUUUUUUGUUUGUCGUUUUCGGCUCCAUAUCACAAUUGAAGAAGCCUAUCCUUACAGCUACUGAAUCUGUAGAUNUCUU